AUGCAAUACAAGCCCCUUGGACACCAGUUCCUCAGUGUGGGAAUGCAGCAGGUGGUGUUCAGCGUCUACACAUGCUGGCGGCUCUUCUGCUUGUUGAUCGCGUUUGCUCCCCUUGUGCUGACAGCUCCUUUUGCUCUGUCGACCAAGUGGCGGUCAGAGAAAUGGUGUCACUACCUUCGCAAAAUGUUGGAGUGGUGUGGGCCAGCAUUCAUCAAGUGGGGCCAGUGGGCUGCAACACGCCGUGACCUGUUCCCGAAUGAAGUCUGUCAGGAACUUGAAAAGUUGCAGGUCCAAGCACCAGCACACAGCUUUGAAUUGACCAGAGAUGCUAUCAAGGGCACUUUUGGAUUUCCACUGGAGGACUUGUUCUCGUCCUUUGAGAGGGAGCCAGUUGCAAGUGGCAGCAUUGGGCAAGUACACAAAGCUGUGAUUGGCGGCCUUGGGGCAGUAAUAACGGGGAGGCCUGCUGGCACAACGGUUGCUGUCAAGGUUAGGCACCCCAAUGUGGACUUGGCCUUUGAAAGGGAUGUUUCUUUGAUGCUGAUGCUGGCACAUUGGGUGUGCAAACUGCCAUAUGUGAAGGGAUUGAAGCUGGAAGAGACACUUAAGCAAUUUGCUGGUCCCAUGCGAGAGCAGGUGGACCUUUGCAUAGAGGCAGCAAAUUUGCGGUGCUUCCGUUACAACUUCCGAAAAAUGAGCUCUGUGAAGUUUCCAGAACCCCUCUUCCCGCUCGUAGCUCCCAACAUCCUGGUGGAAACAUUCCAUGAAGGGAAUAGCAUCCAAGAAAUUGUGAACGGUCCAAGGUCUCCAGCGGUGGACUGCAAUCUUGCAGAGCUUGGGUCCUCUACAUUUUUCGACAUGUUGCUGGUCCACAACCUCUUGCACGCCGAUCUGCACCCGGGAAAUAUUCUGGUUGAGCGUGGACUGCCAGAUGGUGUCUUUCCACACAUUUUGGGAGCAACAAGCAGGAAACUAGAGCAGCUGACUGCAGGAAUGGAUCCAAAUAGCAUCAUGAAGAGGCUUGCUAAAUGGACUGCGGACAUCCACAAUCAGGUCUUUCCCCUGGAGUACCAUAUUGUUCUCCUGGAUGCGGGAAUGGCUGCCCAGUUGACGGAUGAAGAAAGGAAGCUCAUGAUCAAAUUGUUUCAAGCAUUUGCAAACAAGGAUGGAACUGCAGCUGCAGAAGCAACAUUGAAGCUUGCAGGUCCAGCACAGACAUGCCCAGAUGCGCACGCCUUCCAUUGCGACAUGCAAGAGCACUUCCGAAUGAUGAAUGCCUCGGAGACAUGGGACGGUUCACCUUUCGAAUCGGGUGUUGAUGCAUUGGCCCACGUGUUGGAUUUAGUGAGGCGCCAUCAAGUUGUGCUGCCAGGCGAAAUUUGCUCAUGCUUGUUCACAGUCUUUGUGUUGGAGGGCUGGUCUAGCAAGCUGGAUCCUAUGCACAGCGUGAUGGACCAGGUUCAAGACCUGGUGCGAAGGUGGGACAGGGGCCUUAAGGGAUUGAUUGGGAACACGAUGGAAAAGCAAUGGCUUCCAGGCGAUCAGCGACUUGCAGUGGCUUGA